AACGAGAGGGAGAGAGGAAAAGAACGAGCGAGAUACAGACUCCGAGCCGGAGUUGCGGAGUCACAAUUUCGAAACAGUAGGUCGCGAUCGCGCGUUUUAAACGCGUCACGUACAAUCGCAGAGUGCCGUGGUACAAAUCAAUGAAAAAAAAACGUUCAAAGGGGCAAUUACAUUUCUUUGAAAAUAAUACAAACUGCACGUUGAUUCGUUCUACAUAGUAAUAUGGUUCAUCCAACAUUGUCUCGUCGAUUUAUUCACUCAGUCUCUUCUGCUCGUCUCGCGGCACUCGUAGUUAUCCGAAAAGUUUUAAAAUAUUGGUCAAUCGUUGGAUCGAGGAGUUACCAAUCAAUUGAAUUGUCGCGGUAAACCUCAAGUGACACAAGCUCUCCUUCAUUCUGUCGAAUGUGCUAGAACCCUCGUGGAGUCUCAGUUGUAGCUACUCCGGUACAAAUUUUGUGGUCGAACCAACGUUUCAAUUUGCUCAUGUGCCCAAACAUUUUGAUAACAAAACGCGAGAUAUUUUAUAAUUGCGAAGCACUUAUUGAGAUUCGACGCGCGAUGGUAUAAAUAUCUAUAUCACAAUGUUGAAAAUCAGUGGAUUUAUGUUGAUGGUUCUCCUCCAAUACCUUUGCGCUGGCUGGGACUUGGUAAACUCAUCUGAAAUCAGAGAGGAUAUCUCCGUAGUUCGUAUCUGCAAUGUCAGCGACCCCGUGGAUCUUGACGUAUUCAACGAUUACAUGAUGCAUCAUGAUUUUCAGCAUUUGAAAAACCAUGCCGGAGAACUAUCGUGUUUCCUUCUUUGCAUCUACAAUCAAUACAAAUGGAUGAAUCGUCAAGGCAGCUUUAAAAUCAGUAAGAUAAAGUCGUGGAUGAAUAAAUCAAAUUUAAGUCUUAUCGACCAAGAAAUUCUCCUUCACAAAUGCAUAAGAAUGGCUGAAUUGUCGGAUCCUUGCACCAGAGCUCGUCGAUUUACGGAAUGCUUCUGGUCGAAUCAUCAGGGAGCAGCAGAUCCUUCGGAGGGUAGCAAACACACGUUAGACGCCAUAAUUGGGAAGAAAGAUGUCAUGUAGACUCGUUAUGGAACGUUGUUUUUUUCAUCAACCUCUUCAAGAAGAGCAUCAAAGAUCGCCAGCAAAUUUUCUGCUAUCUCGUCGAGAUCUCAUGAAGUAGAUGAUAAGAGAUUUUCCUUGUUGGAGCCCCGGAAUCUUCGUGUCGCGUAGUUGCCAUUGAAUGUGUCAUUGAUGAGAUUAAUUGAAAAAGCUACGCUUUCGAUAACCGCAUUUGUACAUUCGACGAAUCUUUUGAA